GAACUGCUGACCGAACCGGACCCCAGACCGGCCGCCAGGAUACUGUCGUACGGGACAGCGGACGAUUCGGCUGCCGCCGCCGCCGCAGCCGCCGCCAUGAUGAACGACCCGGCCGCGCUCGGGAUGAUCCCGUUCGAUACGAUCGGGCUGUACGAGCAGCCGAAGCCGCGCUUCAUUUUCAAGAUGCCCCGCGUAGUGCCGGACCAGAAGUCCAAGUUCGAGAGCGACGACCUCUUCAAGAAGCUCAGCCGCGACAGUGAGGUUCGAUACACCGGGUUCCGGGACCGCCCGAUCGAGGAGCGGCGCGGCCGAUUCCGGGCCGGGUGCUGCGAGGGCCACACGGAGGUGUCGUUCGCCGCGACCGGCAUCAACCUGCAGCUCGUCUUCAAUCCGAACCAUGGCCUCUACCACCACCCGCACCACCACCACCACCUCCACCCGGCGCACCUCGGCCUGGAGAAGGAGUGUGACUUCGACAAGGAGCACGGCAAGGUUCACAUCAAGUCGCACUUCAUCAUGAACGGGGUUUGUGUGCGCUUCCGCGGCUGGGUCGACAUGGAGCGGCUGGACGGGAUCGGGUGCCUGGAGCUGGACGAGAAGCGGGCCGCCCAGGAGGACGCGAUCCUGCGCGAGCAGCUCGAGCGGUACAACCAGCGGCUGCGCGACUUCGAGGACAAGCAGCGCACCUACCAGCGCACCACGCAGGACGAGUUCGACCAGAUCCGCCGGAACGGGUCCGGCAUCGGGGUGGGGGUGACGGCCGGUGCGUCCGGCAUGUGGCGGCGAUAAGCCGAUCCCGCCGUCGCCCGCUCAACUGUGCCAAACUCCGGCAGGAGCCACAACGCGAAGAAUGUCCUUAACGCCUGACAAACGGACUGGGGUGGGGCCCCAGAGACCCCCACGGUGGUUCCGGUGCUGCGAAGAAGGCACACGAGACAGAGAACGUAGAGAGGGGUGGGUAGAGAACGACCGGUCGCCAUUUUCCUUUCCUCUUUUUUUUUUUCGUUGGCCCCAUUUUUCGUUUUGUUUUAAUUGAGUUUUGUGCGAGAUCGAGAUGUUCCGGAUCCGGAUUUUUGUUGCCGCCGGUAAGGUAAACAGAGUAAGAGGCCAACAGAGUUCGGCUUGGGCUCCAGUGUGUGUUGUGUAUGUGUAGGAACACAGUGGAUUAGUAGUAGUAGUAGGAGUAGCAACCGAAACAAUGCACACAAUUUCAGUCUAGUUUGGU